AUGAGAAACACAACAGUAGUGACUGAGUUUCUUCUCACUGCGCUGUCAGAUAAACAAUGGACCCUCUCUACAUUCUUCAUUGUUUUCCUCCUGAUCUACAUGAAUACUCUACUUAUAAACGUAUUAAUUAUCAUAUUGGUCAUCGCAGAUCCUCAGCUUCACACACCCAUGUACUUCUUUCUUGGAAACCUGGCAUUUUUGGACACAUCGUAUUCAUCGGUCACUGCACCAAGGAUGCUCUCUGACUUCAUCACUAAAAGUAAAGCCAUAUCUAUUCAUGCUUGCCUAACACAAAUAUUUUUCUUUCUCCAUUUUGCAAGUGCAGAGCUUUUCCUGUUGGCUGCUAUGUCCUACGAUAGAUAUGUUGCAAUCUGCCACCCUCUGCAUUACAUUCAGAUCAUGUCCUGGAAGGUCUGUGGUCAACUUUCAUCUGUGGUCUGGAUCCUCGGUUUCCUUUAUUCUUUGGUCCAUACUCUUUGUUUACUGAGGUUGAGAUUUUGUGGCUCCAAUGUUAUCCACAAUUAUUAUUGUGACCUUCCACACUUGUUCCAGAUCUCUUGUACUGACACUUUUAUCAAUUUUCUAGUAAUAUUUAUUGUGGGAGGAUGCCUGGGACUAGUGGCUUUUGCCGUAACGUUCUUUCCAUAUAUUCGUAUUUUCAUCACUAUACUCAGAAUACGAACAAAAGAUGGAAAGCUUAAGGCUUUUUCAACCUGCACAUCACACCUUACUGUGGUCUUUAGUUUUUAUGCUUCUCUCAUCUUCUGCUAUUUGGUACCAACCACAAGUUCUCUGUUUUAUGUAAACAUUCUGAUGUCUGUGGUUUAUUCUGUAAUUAACCCUUUGCUAAAUCCUCUGAUCUACAGUGUAAGGAAUAAGGAUCUUAAGGCUGCACUAAGCAGAGUUUUGCAUCAUGUAAGUAAAGCAGUAUCUCGUGAAGUAUGACCCAACAUACUGUCAGGGUUAUUCUCUAAA